CUUUGGUCCCCUGGCCAGCACUGGCGCAACCACUUUCUCUCCGUCAUCACACCUCAUCGUCUCCCAAACCUCACUGCAACGCACACCCCCUGAAUCUUCAAGACUCCCUCGUGGACGUCAAUCCAGUUUUACUAACCCCAACAGUCUUUUGUUAUUCUUCUCGCGCUCUUGCGUGCAUCAUUACGUGAUCAAUGCCGUCGAAAAACGCGUCGUCGCACCAUGUAAUCAUGGACUCUGAAAAGAGAACCCAAAAACUCCACGAACUUGACCUCCAAUACCAUCAAUCCGCCCACCAGCUAGAACUAGUCAUCCGAGAAGAAGACGCGCGACGAGCCAAAGUUCGGCAACUCCUACUCCAAGACGAAGCCUCCAGCCUCAAGGACCAAAUCACUCAGCGGGAUGCGCGCAUCAGAGAUCUUGUCGACCAAGCCGACGAUGUGCGCCAGCAACUCGACAGUCUGCACGAACGGUGCAGGAGGCAGGAGAAGGUGAUGCAGACUCAGAAUCGCGAGAUUUCUAAUCUAAAGGAAGAAAUAACAGCCUUCUCCCACCUCUCGGUCGACUCCUCCAAAGUCCUCACCGAAAAGCUCGCACUCUCCCGCGAGCUCUCCCUCCUCAAGCCAGAAGUCGAACACCUCAAGUCCCAGCUCGCCCACCAAAAGGACGUCCUCGCCGAGAAGCUGGCCCUCGAAAGACAGCUUAACACGCUAGAAGUCGAACUCGCCAACGAGAAGCGCGCCGCGCAAAAGGCUGCCCUGCUCCAGAAGCAGCAAAACGAGAACCAGAACCAGGAAGAGGAGAAAACGCUCAGAGCACAAAUCCGGGAACUGGAGAAACAGUUGGCCAAGGAAAAGAAGACAUCACAGAAGAGCGUCGAGGUGGAGGAGGAAAUCCAGGGGUUGAGGGGGCAAUUGGCUGCGUUGGAGAAGACUCUUGCUACGGAAAAGAAACAGGCUGCGCAAAAGGAGAAUGCGAUGGCAGAGGUACAGGAGGAGUUGGAGAAGUUGAGAUUGAAUGUUCAGGAGUUGGAAAAGGAGAAGAAGGCUGCUUUGAAGAAGGCGGCCAAGGCGGAGAAGACAACUGACGGUGCGGCGGGUGGGGAGGAGGUUGAGCAGCUAAAGGAGGAGCUCACAAGCCUCAAGAAAGCCCUGGCGCAAGAGCAAAAGGAGACUGAAGCUCUACGGAAAGAAAACGAGCAAGCGGUGGAAGACGCCGAAGAGCAAAAGAAUGCCCUGCUGAACAGGGUUGAGAAGUUGAAAAACAAGUACAAGGACACGGUUGAGGAGCUGAAGAAGUGCAGAACUGAGCUGGAAAGGGCGAACGAGCAGGCGGAGAAGGCAACGGCUAAGGUCCCUGCUAUCCCUGCUGGGCUUGGCAGCACGACUACUGUCCCUCUGAAGAAGCCUGGCGCGGCCAAGGCGAACGCGAAGAAGAAGAGGACGGUGGAUGAGCUGAUGGUGGAUGAAAAGGUGCUGAUGACGCCGGGGGGGAUGGACGACAGGCCGAAGCGUCCUCUUAAGAAGAGGGGGUUUGACACGUCGGUUUUGGUGGAGAAGUCGACGUUUUCGAUCACGCCGUUUUUGAACAAGACGGUGGGUUCGAUUGGGGAGGUGGAGGGGACGCCUACUGUUGCUACGGUGGGGGUUAAGACCGCCGCUGCUGCUGCGCCGGCUGAGGCGAUGGAGGUGGAUGAGGUGGAGGAGCGGCAGCCUGUUGCUGAGGAGGCGGCUGAGGCAGAGGGUGAGGUGGAGGAGGCGGCGCCUGUUGUGGCGAAGGGGAAGAAAAUGGUGGAGAAGAAGACUCGGGGUAAGCCGAAGGGGUCGACGAAUGCGCCUAAGCCGUUGGAGCCUUCCUCGCCUGGGAAGGCAAAUGAGAAUGCGCCUGUGGGUCGCGUCAAGAAGAUGACUGCUUUUAUGCCUUUGGAGGAGGCGGAUGUGGAGGGGGAGGCUGUUGUUUCCAAGCCAGCGGCCGCAGAUGUCGCGCCUGUAAGGCAACGUUCUGUGAGUGUGGAGCCGGAGAAGAAGAAGAAGAGGAAGUUGGGCGGUGCAGCGCCUCCGACUAUCUUUGAGGAGGACGAGGACGAGAAGGUAGUUGAGACAGCGAAGCCGGUGGCGGCUGUUGGUGGUGUGAGGAAGAGACCGCCUGUUUCUAGGAUGAACAAGGGGCCGGUGGGCAAGGUGAUUGGGAUUGGCGGGUCAGGGAAGGCCUUUUCGCCGUUGAAGAGGGAUAAGAGGGGUGUGGGAGCGAGCUUUCUGGCUUGAGAUUUUGUGUGUGAUUUCUUCAUGAUGGCAUAGGAGUUUGUGGGCAUGGGGAUGGAGUUUGGGUACAUUACACUACAUACAUGUGGGACUUUUGGGAUGACUGGUUGUAUCAGUUAUUUGAAU